UUGUGAUAACAGUUCACCCGUCAUCCCUUUUCAUAUUAAAAGUACGGAUGUUUGCAUAGAGGUAUAUAAGCAGUACGCCGUACAUACAGAGAUCAUUCUUACAGGAUUUAUAAAUCAUGCAGGAAAACAACUCCAAUAAUGUGUUAAAUACGGGUAUUCAACAUUCUACAACAAGUCGUAAGAGAAGAAUAUCUUCUGGCAGACUGCAUGAAUGCCUUGGAUACAGCUACUCAACAUUUUAUAGCCGUCAAAAACGGUUACGUGAUGCAGCAUUUAGUGACUGGGACUUGUGGAAACGUUACUGCUCAUCUAGAGAAGAGGUGGCAAGGGAUAAUACAGUAACUUUGCCUUCAAGUUCAGCUGUCCAGGGAACAGUGGGCUUACCUAGUAGUAGUGAGACCGUCGCUGUUGUUUCACAAAUUGAAGAGAAUCGUAACAUUUAUUAAUAUGUAACAAUUAAUUUCUAUAGAACUUCAGGUUGUUCCUAAAAAGAUGACACAAGGAGAGCUGGUCAGAAAGUCAAUUAUGGAAUUGUUCCUUCAGAACAAUGUAACAGGGACGCUUGCGCAAAAUGUCUUGGACUGUAUUCGUAAAUUUAAUCCACAUGUGCCAA